UAUAUAUAGAGAGAGAGAGAGAGACAGAGAGAGGGAAGAGAGAGAGAGAGAGACAGAGAGAGGGAAGAGAGAGAAGAGAGAGAGAGUCGAUGUAGAGAAAUCGAAUCGAAAAAAAAUGGGGAUCAACACUAGGGUAGGAGCCUGUCCGUUGGUCUCAAAUGUUCCUAUCUCACGCCUCCACGAAGAUCAUAUGACGACAAUUUUAGAUCGGGCGUGAACUGGAAACACACACCUGGUCUUGGCUCCGAGAACGGGUGUCGAAAGUGGCUAAGUGAGGGGGUGCGAGCCAGUCAGAGCGCUAUAUCUCUCCCGGGAAAGGCCUCCCGGGUCAUUGGAGGUUUAGGGGUGCGUCUGUCUCCAUGUUAGGGGCGGCGCCCCGAAAAGGUUCCUCUGACAAGGUGGGACUCUAAUAUACCUUGCCAAUCCGCUGUCUCCCGGGCAAAGGAGUUACACCCAUGAAAUGGAGUUACGAUCGAGAAGAAAAUUGAGAAUGCGAUCACCCGUGGAGGGUCCCCGAACUGAAGCUGGUCCUGGAACGGGCGUAAGAGCGAGUAGCCAGCGGCUGGAGGGCGAGGUGCAAGAGCGGGUCACCAGCCGGGUUCAACCCGAAGAGCUACCGCCACACGGAAACAGCAGCCAUCGACAUCACCCAAGAAACGCUGCGCCUACGAGACGUGUUGCGACCGCCAGACGACAGUCGUCCACACUUGUGGGUACUACUAGGUGCCGGAUCAUGUGGACACACGAAAUGAAUGAAUAUUACAUCUGCACUGCUUUGGAGACGGACAUGAGUGGUCGCCCUCGAAUACUAACAAUGUUCGAGGAAGUGUAUCCAGAGUUCGUCGGGAGGCUUGAUCAGAACGCGAUGAACGCGAGGCGUAGUACGGUAGUACGCAACAACAUGCUCUCCCAAACGCAAGUCGAUGAGAUCAAGCAGCAGGUGCAGAGAGAACUAAGCUGCAGAACAAACAGAGCAAGCGAUGUGUCGAGACGAAGUUCAGUACGGCUGAGCAAUUCAUUCGCGAGUGGGGCACGCGAAUCAGCACCAGUGGAGGCCACAGUACAACAACCCCCUGAGCCGGAAGACCUACAGCCAGAUCAACAACUACUACGCGAUCUGGUCUUCCACUACGACGAGGCGAUUCCACAGUUCCGCGACACAGACCCAUUGUCGCGCCCCAGCAUCCCGAAGUUGCAGCAUUCCCGCAGGCUGACAAGUGCAGUAAAGCUCAUGAACGAGAACGUUCUUCCGCUGCACUUGGUUGAUGCUGAGAACAUGGAGGAGCUGCAACUGAAAGUUUACUGUGCUGCUGUGGCGACCGCCAAAUGUUUAGGAUACCGUAUUAGGCCAAGAGGCGGACUGCUCCAACAUCUCCGUGAAAGGCGUGAGCCUCCAUGGCGAAGGAGAUUGGAGCAACGGAUUCUAAACAAGCGCGCCGCAAUUGGAAGACUGAUGGCGUACAAAAGAGGCAGCAGAUCGGCGAAAUUAUGUCGCCAAGUUGCUGUGAUCGUGCGGCCUACUGAACUUCGCCAGCUGGGAGCUCACCAGCUGACGAAAAAACUCUACACGCUGGUACAGCAAUUGAGCGUCCUAACUAAACGGCUGAAACGUUACGAAAGGCGUUCUACGACCACAUUAGCGACGAGAAGCCCGACUACCGCGAAGGUUUGCCAGAUAUUAGCGAUGUGACGAACUUCUGGGCUGGUAUUUGUACAAUUUGUACAGUACAACAUCGCGAAUGGCAAAUGUGGUUAAGACGGGAGGAGGAGAGUUGUGGUGAAAUUGGGGAGAUGCCAGAUAAUCCCAGAUCAUCUACGCUCCGAUUCUAUUCCGCCGAUGUUUUCGACAGAAUAUGGGAAAGUUAGAUCUGAUAAAAUGUUCUUUACUGACGGUUCAUGCAUAAACGGGUCCACUGGCUUCGGCAUCUUCAAUGAAAAUUCCAGUGCCUCUUUCAAACUCAAAGAUCCUUGUUCCGUGUAUGUCGCUGAACUGGGUGCGAUAUAUUACGCAUUAGGGAUCAUUGAAACAUUGCCCAUCGACCACUAUUUUAUUUUUUCAGACAGUCUCAGCUCAAUAGAGGCAAUCCGCUCAAUGAAAGUUGAUAAACGCUCAUCUUAUUUCCUAACAAGAAUAAGACAUCUAUUGAGUGUUUUGGUCGAAAAAUUAUUCAAGAUUACCUUAGCAUGGGUUCCCUCUCAGCUCUCUAGAGCACUGAGAGCAAAAGGCAGACAAUCGGAUAUCCCCGUCCGGGAUAUCUUAGGUAGCCGUGAUCCUGAUUGUCGUAACGUGAAUAACGCCGACAUUCGGUAAAACGGACAGAGUCCGAUCUGAGCGAGAGUGAAGUGAAAAAGAGAUAGAUAGAAGACAGACGUGUAUAAAAAGGAACAGGAAUAAUAUACGUUGAUGACUUUUGUGUGAACUACUAACCAAACAGUUUUAUUUCGUCAGUACCCGUGAGAAACCCCGUUUAUUUCAGUGGCGACGUUGGUGAAAAUAUAGUUAAAUUCAGUGAAGAAUUCGAAUCGCGUGUGAAUUCUAGUGAAAAUCUUAUUGUAGAAGAGUUGCUUAACUGGCCAUUGGUGAACCAUCACGCUGUGCAGGAGCAGUUUUUUUUUUCACGGCAGAAAAGUGGCGUGGUGAAUUCCUUUUGUUCUGCUGAUAGUAGUUUCUAUACCUUUUGGCAGAGCGUUUCGCUACCUUUUUUCCGUAAAAUCAGCAUUUUGUUCAUCAUAAACGAAACGAAAACGAGCAAAUACAUAUAGGCACAAAAAAGAAAAAAAAAAAUAUAUAUAUAUAUAUAUAUUUCGACAACUGUAUGUAGUUUUUGUGCAUGUGGCCAUUUUGUUAAGCUGAUUUCUUUUGUGGGGUUGGUAGUUAUUCAUUCCCUUUUGUUUUGCAGUGUAUAAGAAAAAAAAGAAAAAGAAGAAAGAGUGGUGCUUAUUCUGCCUUCCAUUGCUCCAGUUUUAGCUGUGAUUUUAAAGUGAUAUACAGUACGGGUUACACCAGGUUACACCGACAGUUUGUACGAAGCAAAAAAGUGGCCAUCUUCUUCGUAAAGAGUGCAUGCCGGAAGGUGAAUGACCGGGUGACUGACCUGGUACAAUAUUGGAUAGCUGAAUACUGGGGACCGGCAUUAAUCACGUUUGCUGUUGCUGUGUUGCUGGCUGCGUGCUGCGUGCUCUGUUUUGGUUAUACAAAAUGCCUUUAUCAACGAAUGCUGAACCUUUUCUUCCGGGUAAUAUUCCUUUCACCCAAUAUUUGGAACAGUUAGAAUGGAUGUUUAAACAUAAUAAAUUUGCUGCCGAUGAUUAUAAAUCGUCCUUUCUUGCUGUGUGUGGAACGGAAGUUUACUCACAACUGAAGCUUUUAUUUCCUGGUCGCAAUUUCAAUGAUGCUGACCUUACAUAUAAAGAUAUUACUGACACGCUUAAAAAACAUUAUGAUAAGGCCGAUUCCGAUGUAAUCCAUAGUUUCAAAUUUUGGACUAGACGACAAGCUCAACAUGAAAAAGCUGUAGAUUUUGUACUCGAUGUGAAAAAUUUAGCUGAACAAUGCAAUUUUGGUGCCUUUAAGGAAAGAGCAAUUCGUGAUGUAUUAGUCAUUGGAACUUAUGUUCGUAAUCUCCAAAACCGUUUAUUUGAUGAGGAAGAUCUUACGGAUAGUAAAGCAGAAAAGAUUAUUGUAAACAAAGAAAUUGCUUCUGACAGAACAAGUUUGGACGGCGCCAGUGGUUGUAUGGUUAGCGUAACAGCCUCACAAUCCGAUCGGCCUGGGUUCAAUCCCAGCUGGCGUCGUUGGGAUUUUCUGAGGCGAAAAAUCUCUGGUUACGUCUUCCUUCGGAGCGGAAGUAAAAGAAGUUGGCCCGGCUCAUGAGUUGUUGAGUCUGAUAGGUAGGAACAGGUGGAGUCGCCUCCCUGAUGUCGGUGAUUGGCACUAAAGUGGCGGAAAUAGGCCGACGAAAAAUAAGCGAAGAUAAAAAAAAAAAAAGAACAAGUUUGUUGAAAAGAGAUGAUGAGCCUAGAUCAGGGGUUAUUGCGAGACUUGGGCGUAAGCCGACUCGUUCUCCGGUUAGAUCAGAUUUUAGAAAAAGAAGUAGGAGUGAUAGCAGAAAUUUUUCAUCCCGUUACAGAAAUAACAAGUAUGACAAUAAUGGUAGCCCUUCAAAACCUUUUGUUUGUACAUAUUGCCAUAAAGAAGGGCAUCAAAAAAGAUUUUGCUAUCGGUUGAAAAAUAGAAGCCCGCGUAAAGAGCUAAACGCACCAAAACAAAAUAGUGAUGAUGAAAUAAAUGUUGAGUUAGAGAUAGAAGGAUUUUGCUAAUUUGGUGGAAUCUUCAGAUUGCAACAAAAGACUUGUAGUUAUUGAUGGGAAACGAUUACAAAUUUUGGGAAAAGUUAAUGUUUCGGUGCAGCUCCACGGAAAAACACGGCGGCUUUACCUGAUUGUACUUCGAUGCGAAAAUGAAUUUGUACCUCUCAUGGGACGGACCUGGCUGGACAUGUUUUUUGGAGACUGGAGAAAAGCUUUUUCACGGCAGAUGGUGUCAUCGGAACGCAUCAACUCACUGCGGCAAGAGGAUAUCGUGCAGGAUAUAAAGAGUUUCGCUUGGUGGAAAGGUGGUGUCAGCACAUAAAAGACAAUUGAAACUAUCGGACUCUCGCCGAAAAACGUCUGUUCGUUUUGUUUUUCAUGGAGAGAGCGCGGCACAACCACCAGUGCAGGAUGUCGACAACAACACAAGCGAUAACAAUACGAACAAUGCAAGCAAGAAUAACAUUGCAGCACAGGAUUUUGAAGGUUGCAAUUUGGUGGUGACCAACAACAGAGCCGAGAAAAGGAGGAGAGAAGAUGACGAAGAAGAGGAUGGUUUGUAUUCUCGUUCCGAGCCGGAGUUCUACGGUUUCGCGGCUGAUUCGUUUAUCUUUCGAGGCGAUGCAGCCUUCGAUGAGUCUGAACCAGCGGUACAAAAUGCACCAAGAAGAUCUACGCGAGCGAAGAAGAAGAAAUGCAAAGUUGAUUUUCUAUACUAUUGAACUUAGUUUUCGAAUUUUUAAUAUUUUAUUUACCCUUUUAUUUUCUUUGUUGAAUUUAGUAGCAUGAUGAAGUUAAUAUGCAUUCAAAUUUCUAGCAAUACAAAUAUGGUUUGAUGAAUUUAUUUUUCAUUCAAUUUUCUAAGAAUACAAGUUUUCAAUUGAUAGUAAAUUCUUUUAUAGGGUAAAGGAGUUGUCGUAACGUGAAUAACGCCGACAUUCGGUAAAACGGACAGAGUCCGAUCUGAGCGAGAGUGAAGUGAAAAAGAGAUAGAUAGAAGACAGACAUGUAUAAAAAGGAACAGGAAUAAUAUACGUUGAUGACUUUUGU